CUCCCUCCGACUAGUCAUCUCUCCAUUCUCCAUACUUACUCCUCUCAACUCCCAAAAAGCGCAAUCAUGCCCGUCGCUGCCGCAUCCCCCGACCGCACCCGCCCCCUCGACGACGACAAGGUCACGGGCUACGACCCGCUGAUCUCGCCUGACCUUCUCCGUCACGAGAUCCCCAUUCCUCCCACGGCGGCCAAGACGGUCGCGGCGGCCCGCCGCACUGCGUCGCAGAUUGUCCGCGGCCGCGACCCGCUCGACCGCCUCCUCGUUGUCGUGGGCCCAUGCUCGAUCCACGACCCCGAGCAGGCGCUCGAGUACGCCAAGCUCCUCCGCGGCGCCGUGCAGGAGGGCCGCUGGCCCGGCCUCGAGGUUGUCAUGCGCGUCUACUUCGAGAAGCCCCGCACCACCGUUGGCUGGAAGGGUCUGAUUAACGACCCCGACCUUGACAACACCUUCCAGAUCAACAAGGGUCUCCGUAUCGGGCGCAAGCUCCUCUGCGCUAUCCUCGAGAUGGGCUUGCCCGUCGGCUGUGAGCUCCUCGACACCAUCUCUCCUCAGUUCAUCGGCGACCUCGUGACGUGGGGUGCUAUCGGGGCCCGCACCACCGAGUCGCAGCUGCACCGCGAGCUUGCGUCCGGUGUCUCGUUCCCCGUCGGCUUCAAGAACGGGACCGACGGCGGCGUCACCGUCGCCAUUGACGCGAUGCAGUCGGCGUCGCACCCGCACAGAUUCCUCGGCAUCAACAGCCAGGGCUCGGCUGCCAUCGUCAAGACGUCGGGCAACCGUGACGUGCACGUCAUCCUGCGCGGCGGCUCGCACGGCCCCAACUUUGACGAGGCGAGCGUCCAGUCCGCACUGGCCGCCAUGAAGAAGAAGAACCCCGAGGACCACGCGUCCAUCAUGGUCGACUGCUCGCACGGCAACAGCAACAAGGACCACCGGAAUCAGCCCAAGGUCGCCGCCGAGGUCGCCAAGCAGGUCGCUGCCGGCGAGCUUGGCAUCACGGGCGUCAUGAUCGAGUCCAACCUUAACGAGGGCAAGCAGAGCUCGGACCAGCCCCGCGACCAGAUGAAGUACGGCGUCUCCAUCACCGACGCGUGCAUCGACUGGGAGGCCACCGUCAAGACCCUCGACGAGCUCAACGCCGCGUCCAUCACCCGCCGCGAGAAGCUCGCUGCUAACGGCGCCCAGGCCGAAAACCCUGCCGUCGCCCGCCUCCAGACCGCGUAGACUGUUGUAUAGAUAAGACUAGUUGCUCUGCAUGCAGCAUUGUUUUCGGUUA